AUGGCGGACUUCCCGAAACUACCACGUGUGAAGGUAGAUGAUGAGAAUAUGGAGAAGAUACACUGUGGAGCGAGGAAGGGGCAGACAGAGGAGGUAAAGCGACUGGUAGAGCAGGGCGUCGACCCUGCCAUCCCGAACAAAUUCGGCUGCACCGCCCUCCAUCUGGCGUGCAAGUUUGGGCAGCUGGAGACGGCGAAGUUUCUUGCCACCAUUUGCGACGCACACGGGUCGUGGCACGGGCAGAGACCGCUGCACCUCGCUGUGCUUGCAAACAAUGUGGAACUUGUGGAGGCGCUCGUGGCGGGGGCGAAGGACCGUGGCCGCAGUGUGGAAAUCAUGCUGAACGAACACGAUGACUUUCCCGUGGAUGAGAUUGGCGUCCACCAGAAGCACACGGAUGGACAAACGGCGCUGCAUUGGUGCGUGGCGCUGGGUGAGGACUACACACCGAUGUUGAAGGUUCUUCUUAAGCUUGGCGCCUCUCCAACGACAAAGAACAAGGAGAACGUGACGUCGUUGAUGUACGCCAUUGAGUUUAAGAAUGAAGAAGCGAUGGAGCUGAUGCUGUCAGGUGUGAAACCGCAACAGCUGCGGCUUGACUACCAGGAUAAGGAAGGUAACUCACACCUACACUACGCCAUCCUCUUCAACCGCGAAGAUUAUGCCAUGCGUUUCGUAGAAAUGGGACACGGUCUGGAGAUUGAGGAUGACCACCAUGUAACACCACUUUUUCUUGCGCUCCGGGCCGCGAUGCCGCAACUCCUGGCAUAUGUGUUGCAGAAUGUGGACCCCUUCUCCGUACAGCAAGCCCCUUUCCACAACGGCUCGACGGUGAUGACAGAGCGCAUUCAGUGGCUGCCCUUUGCAACUGACGAGCACGCGCAAACCGAGUGUGUCAAGCUAUUCCAGAAGCGGCUAGACGAAGUAAGCUUCAAGCCGGAGGCGACCGAAAAGAAAAAGAAGUCGAAGCCGACAUUGAAGAAGAUGAGUUUGGCACCUUCCGCUCCGGUUCGGAGCCGAAGCAUCGGAAACACCGCGGCGGCGCGGAACCGGAGCCGAAGCGUUGGAAACCGCGGACCUGCAAAGUAG